AUGAUUGCACGGUUUACUGGAUUCAGAAAACAAAAAUGUGCAACAGUUGAAGAGCAAGUGAACGAAAACAAGUCAUCUGACAUGACAUUGUCAUUUCAUUUACUCUGUGACCUCUACUUCCUGGAGAACUACAUCAAGCCGCCGCCAGUCAACCACACCACCGACAGGAUCUUCCGCCGCGGGGCCAGCAGGGUCCUCUGCUCGCCGGUGUGCGACCCUCCCGGGUCCGCGGACCUGGUCCUGGAGGAGGGGGACUGCGUGCGCAAGUGCGGCCUGCUGAACCUGACCGUGGCGGCGGAGGCCUGUCGCGAGCGCACCCACGUGGCCAUCAAGACGGUGCGGGUGCCCGAGGUUAACGACUUGCGGGCUCUGGUCGAAGACCCUCGGUUAAACCUCAAGGUCAUCCAGCUGGUGCGAGAUCCUCGUGGCAUUCUGGCUUCGCGCAGCGAGACCUUCUGCGACACAUACCGGCUCUGGCGGCUCUGGUACGGCACCGGGAAGAAGCCCUACAACCUGGAUGUGACGCAGCUGACCACAGUGUGCGAGGACUUCUCCAACUCCGUGUCCACCGGCCUCACGCGGCCCGCGUGGCUCAAGGGCAAGUACAUGUUGGUGCGCUGCGAGGACCUGGCGCGGAACCCCAUGAAGAAGACCGAGGAGAUCUAUAGGUUCCUGGGCAUCCCCUUGGACAGCCACGUGGCGCGCUGGAUCCAGAACAACACGCGGGGCGACCCCACCCUGGUCUGUGGCAAUGCUGUCUGUCUGUCUGAGUCUUGUGGCUGCCCUCGGACCAGUGAUGACUGGUGAAUCUUAGGAGUUUCUGAUUGAUCUUGGGGUCCAUCUGUGAUAUUUCUUUGUGCCAAAAAGAACACAUAGUAGGUGCUCUGCCUCUGGAUCUGUGGUAGCCUUAUCCUCUGGGCCCACAGGGGCUUAUCCUUUGGGUCUAUGGUGGUACCUUAGAGUCGUUCUUUCUUUUUCUUGAAGGAUAGCAAAUAAUUAUAGCUGAAUAGCUCUAUCAGCCCAUUUCCUGCAAUGUAGAAUUUUGGAAGUCUAAAUAGUUCUCUCUCAUUUCAUUUAUCUUGUUUUCUGCUUUUUAGUCCAAAUUGGCAGUGUUUCUGCAUAUAUAACAUUCUCAUAAACCUUGUGGUUUUCCUGUUGUGGUCACAGGAAUCCAUACCAUUAGAAAGGAGGGUCUUCCACUGAUCUUCCAUGAGUAACUCCAUUUCUAUUUCCAGCUUCUGCUGAGGAGGCUGGGUGUAUCCAUGAGUCACCCUUUAUCUCUUCAGCAAAAGCUUGUCCAGCCAUACCCUUGGCCUUCUCUCUAGAGCGCAAUUCCCAACAGUGAAUUUUCCAAUUUUAGCAUCAUUUGUAAUCUGGAUAGACUGAGAACCUCCCAAAUAAAAGUGCUGGUUCAUUUUAACUUAUCAGUUCCUUUCCUGAGUUAUCUUUCUGCUUGCAUUUCAGUAUAAGCAGCAAGGAGAAACCAGACUACACCUUCAAUACUUUUCUUGGAAAUCUAUUCAGCUAAAUAUCUAAGCUAUUGCUUACAAGUUAUGCUUUCCACACAGCAAAGAAAACAUGAUUCAGCCAAGUUUUCUGCCUGUAUAUAACAAGGAUUACCUUUCUUCCAGUUUUCAAUAACAUGUUCUUCAUUUCCUUCUGUUGACAGCAACAUUUGUAUUCUCUUAGAUAACAGAAACUUCUGAGACUUUUUCCAUCUUAUGCCUCAAAAUUCUUCCAUCUUUGGGUAAUGUCACAUUACCAAAUUCCACAGCCACUUCCUAAGUUUUAGGUAUUAUAUAUGUCAUAGGAGCACUUCACUUCUAAGUACCAAAUAUGUACUAGUUUCCUAGGGCUACCUUAACAAAGUACCACAGAUAAAAUGCAAUUCAAUCUAUCGUCUUUACCACAUCCUACAAGUCUGACGUGGUUUGGCUCUCUUCAUCUCCACAUGGCCCACUAUGUUCCAGAUAUCGGUCUCAUGCAUUAUUUUAAACUGUCUCAGGACCUGGAUACUUGUUGUUCUCUUUCUCUUGAAUGAUCAUCCCCUAUCUUUCUGGGGGGUCUGGCCCUCAUCAUCAUUGAAGUGGCUAUCCAAAAGGCCCUCUCUGACCACAUUUCCUAAAUUAGCUUUCCUCAUCACUCUCUCUCCCAUUGUUUUAUUUUCUUCAUAGCACACUACUCACUACCUGAAAGUAACACACAUCUUUGCUGUCUAUUAUUUCUCUCCCCACAAAACUGCAAGCUCCAUGAAAGCAGGCCCUUGUCUUGGUAAUUCACCAUUGUAUGCACAAUGGCUGGCACAGUGGGUGGCACAUAGUAGAUGCUCAAUAAAUACUUACUCCAUGAAUGGCUUGUUAAGAAGGCUAAGUGGACUCAUAAGUUCAGCCCAAGUGAUGGGGUAUGUGGAGCUGCUGUUAACUGAAAUGAGAAUGGGGAGAAAAUAAUGUUUUGAGAAUGUUUAGUUUUGUAAAUAUAGAAUUUUGAAAGAACCCAUGAGAUAUCCAGGCAGAGGUUUUCAAUAGGCCAUGAGUCAAAAAUUGGGAAAAAUCUGUAGAUCCGGGAGCUGUUGACAGGUAAUGUUAAAACCAUGAGGAGAGAUAAGGUAGUAGAAGUAGAACAAACACCACCAUUGAAUGAGAUAAUUGAAAACAAUUCUUGAGCUCCACUGUAGAGCCUAGUCUUAGUAUCCAUGAGAUCUAGCUCUGAAUCCCACUCCCGAGCAAAAAAUAUAAUAGCAAGAUUCUACUAUAACUGGCUCCAUGAACCCCUAUAUGUUUUUUAUAAUCCUUUCUCUUAACUAACUACUUGAUCCUUUGAGUUGUUUCCCAGACAUGAAAAAAUUCCUUUCCUCCUGGGAAAUCCUUAUUGUCACAAUAAUUGGAUCUUGGUGUAACAAGCAACUGGACCUAGACUGAACACCCCUUGUUGUUUCGACAACACUACCACAUUUACUUGUUUUCUGGAAAAUUGAGAUAAACACAAUUCCUACCAUCCAGGGAUCUUAUGCUUAGCUAAAACAUUACACGCAUGCUGAAGUUAGGAACACCAAACAGCCCCUGCUACCUAAGAACCAUUGUCCUGGCUUGGAGUCAGAUGAGUUUGGCCCACCAGAGCCAUCUUGGGCUGCACAGGCUGAAAGAUUGCAAUAUUCUAAGAACACAUCAUUUUUUAGCAGAAAGUUAACAGUUCUGUCCAGAUUAAGGUGACCUUUAAAUAAUCCAUAUCUAUCAUAGACUUCUUACUGAGAAGUUCAGAACUCAGGGCAAAUUGCCCAUGGUCACACUGAAAAGAGGGAAAUG